AUGAGUGGCGGAGAUGGUGACAGAGAUGAUGGUAGAGAAGGCUCCACUUCACCUCCGAAAACCACCACCACCACCGCCGCCUUGCAUAAUUACAAUCCUCCACCACACCCUCCGCCUCCACAAAAUCCUCCACCUCGAGCACCUCCUACAAAUCCUUCUCAAUUAACACCUUUACAACCCCCUGGAUUCUUCAAAUGCCAUGCCAAGUACCACUGCACCACCAAUGCCUCGUCUCUAGCUUCAGCUUCACGACGAGCAGUGCAACCGCAAAGUCUGCUGGCGCAGAGUCCAGCACUAAGACCAUCACCUUCAACUACAGGGAGGAAGGGACCAUAUAAGGCACUAAGAAUGAAUGCGACGCCUCCACAUGAAAUACCAGCUGAUCGGCCGAAGGUUUCCAAAAAAAGAAGAAAAUUGGAAAACAGAAAGGAUGACAAAGAUGAGAAAGGAGGACCAUCAGGAGGCGGUAUACCUGGAUAG